GGCGCCGCCAGACUCUGCAGUCGGUAAUCCCGCUGCAGGCUCUGGCUAGACUCUGCCUGCUCUCGGGAGGGGACCAUGCCGCGCUCCUUCCUGGUGAAAACGCACUCCAGUCACAGGGUCCCCAACUACGGGAAACUGGAGACACUGAGAGAAGCUAAUGGCUCCUGCUCUGCCUGCAAGGAGUUGGCAGGAUCCCGCCACCUGCCAGAUGAGGAGGCCCCUUGCAAUCCCAGUGACCCCCUACAGCCUUGGGACAGUACCUCUGCCGUUGCCUGCAUCUCCCUGCCUCUUCUGCCGAAUCACAGAGAAACUCUGGGAGUCUCUGGCCCAGAACCUCAGGAAACCAGCUGGGUGGGCCCUCGGGCUGCCCAGGCCCCCAGUGUGACUCUUAAAGACAGCUUCACUCUACCCCCGCUGUUGGUGCUGCCCACACGCUGGCCCCCAAUCCUGGGCCCAGACGGAGCUCUAAAUGAACAUCUCAGGGCUGAGGGGACAUCUCGAGUCCCAGGUAGCUUUGAGUGCAUCCACUGCCACAGGCCGUAUCAUACGCUGGCUGGCCUGGCCAGGCACCAGCAGCUGCACUGUCACCUGCCGACUGGGCGCGCCUUCACCUGCAGGUACUGUGACAAGGAGUAUGCCAGCCUGGGUGCCCUCAAGAUGCAUAUCCGCACCCACACGCUGCCCUGCAUCUGUAAGGUGUGCGGCAAGGCCUUCUCCAGACCCUGGCUGCUCCAGGGUCACAUCCGCACCCAUACAGGUGAGAAGCCCUAUACCUGUUCUCACUGCAGCAGGGCCUUCGCUGACCGCUCCAACCUGAGGGCUCACCUGCAGACUCACGUUGGUACCAAGAAGUACAGGUGCGCCGUGUGCCCCAAGGCCUUCUCCCGCAUGUCUCUCUUGGCGCGGCAUGAGGAAGCCGGCUGCUGUCCUGGCCCCUAGGUGGGCACAGCAGGGUGGAGGGGCCAAACCCGACAAUCCUCUCAGUGGUUCUGUCAUCCAGGACAGGGCCCAGUUCACUGUUACCUGUGUCCUGCCAGAACCAAGCCCAGUGGAGCCUUCGGGCAUCUUCCCCUAAGGCCUGUGUUCCGAGGAGACUUAUCACCAGGAGGCUCACCAAAAUAAGAACCAACAGUUCCGUUUUUUCAGUUUGGCCUGUCUGCUGGACCUGUUCCAAAAAGGAGCGCCUAUUGGGAAAUAGCUAACACUGGACAAAAUCCACCAUGACACCUGGGUCCCCUUGUGUGCAGCUUGGAAUGACCAUUUUUACUUGAGAGCACAGUGUGUGCACAACCUUGGCAAGCAUAGCUACCUCUUAGCGCCAGGCUCAGUUGCCUUCACCUCGGGGUCAGAGACACAUUUUCUCCUGCCCCUUAUGUACACAUGCGUGUAUAUACACAAGCACAGGUACACCCUGGCCCCACCCUGUAAGAUGAGGCAGGGCCAGGGAGGAGUGGGCUAAAGCCAGGUCCCACCUCAUCUGUCCUCAGCACUGUUGUCCUGCUUGGGGCUGGCCUCGGUGGCUGGUUAACGUCUCAGGAGAGCAGCUAUGUGUAAUAAAGAGCCUCCACGCUCAGGUCUCCUGUCUUG